AGAAGAAAAUGGGAAAAGAAUGGUCCUGACAGUUCUUUUUCAGUUUCCUCUAUACGGAAGUGCUUCUGAAUGACUCCUUCUGUGCGUCAGAAAUCCGGAGCAGCAGCAGCAAGGGAGGGCACAUCCUGAAGAGAUAAUCCCCAUACACUUGUGACAUCAUCCUCCUGCUUAUAUAUUUAGGGGAUGGCCAGAGCAUCUCUCAUAGUUCAGCCACUUUCAAAGUCAGCUGAAGGCAAGAGGAAGCCCUAGAGAGCGCCCCACUUCAGCGUGUCUCUGAUAUUUAUGGACUUGGUUUGCUAGAAGGCUGAAGACGAUGAUGGCAGGAAUGAAAAUCCAGCUGGUGUGCACGUUACUCCUGGCUUUCAGCUCUUGGAGUCUGUGCUCAGAUUCAGAAGAGGAAAUGAAAGCGUUAGAAGCAGAUUUAUUGACCAAUAUGCAUACAUCAAAGAUCACUAAAGCAAGUGUUCCCUCUUGGAAGAUGACCCUGCUAAAUGUUUGCAGUCUUGUCAAAAACCUGAACAGCCAAGCUGAGGAAGCAGGAGAGGUUCCUGAGGAGGAGCUUAUUACGAGAAGGAAAUUUCCCACAGCUUUAGAUGGCUUUAGCUUGGAAGCAAUGUUGACAAUAUACCAGCUCCAAAAAAUCUGUCACAGCAGGGCUUUUCAACGCUGGGAGUUAAUUUCGGAUGAGUUUCUUGAUACUGGAGACAACAAAAAUGAGAAGGAAGAAGUUAUAAAGAGAAAAAUCCCUUACAUUCUGAAACGGCAGCUUUAUGAGAAUAAACCUAGAAGACCUUACAUACUCAAAAGAGGCUCUUACUACUACUGAGAGGAGUAAAUGUUUUAUUUACUUGUGAUUGUGAUUUAUGAUCCUUUAACUGAAUAUCAAAUUAUAUUUGUGUGAAAAUGUGACAGAACACAGGUACUUCAUCUCUUCUACAAUUGUGGUUUACUGGAUGUGAUUUUUCUGUAUUAAUAUGAAUUGGACUAAAUGUUUUCAAAUAAAUCUAGAUCUUGAGCAUGAUAUGUUGUGUAUAAUUGGAGUUUAUGUUAAUUAACUCACAUAUAAUAUGUUUUGAAUUUUAUAAAACACAUUAUGAGUGUCUUAAACAGUUAAAAUAUUUGACAUUUUUACCAAAUGCUAAGAGAUUAUAACCAAGUCGUACAACAAAAUCUAGCCUACAUGUCAUUAACCAAAAGCAAAGUAAUACCAUUUCUAAUUAUUUGAUUGAA